AGAAGGCACAGCGCUCGGGGGUGUGGCCAGACGCAUGGGCGGUGCCGGGCGUUGGAAGAUGGUUCGGAACUGCGUAUCCCCCAAGGCUAGUCAGGGCGCUGCUGACUGGCGGAAGCGAGGGCGGGGACAGCGGGAUGACGUUUUAAGGACGCUUGCGCGCGGGAUUUAAACUGCGGCGGUUUACAAGGCGUUAAGACUUCGUAGGGUUAGCGAAAUUGAGGUUUCUUGGUAUUGCGCGUUUCUCUUCCUUGCUGACCCUCCGAAUGGCCAUGGACUCGUCGCUUCAGGCCCGCCUGUUUCCCGGUCUCGCUAUCAAGAUCCAACGCAGUAACGGCUUAAUUCACAGUGCCAAUGUAAGGACUGUGAACUUGGAGAAAUCCUGUGUUUCAGUGGAAUGGGCAGAAGGAGGUGCCACAAAGGGCAAAGAGAUUGAUUUUGAUGAUGUGGCUGCGAUAAACCCAGAACUCUUACAGCUUCUUCCCUUACAUCCGAAGGACAAUCUGCCCCUGCAGGAAAAUGUAACAAUCCAAAAACAAAAACGGAGAUCCGUCAACUCCAAAAUUCCUGCUCCAAAAGAAAGUCUUCGAAGCCGCUCCACUCGCAUGUCCACUGUCUCAGAGCUUCACGUCACCGCUCAGGAGAAUGGCAUGGAGGUGGAGCUGCCUGCAGCUGCAAACCCCCGCAAACAGUUUUCAGUUCCUCCUGCCCCCACUAGGCCUUCCUGCCCUGCAGUGGCUGAAAUACCAUUGAGGAUGGUCAGCGAGGAGGUGGAAGAGCAAGUCCAUUCCAUCCGAGGCAGCUCUUCUGCAAACCCUGUGAACUCAGUUCGGAGGAAAUCAUGUAUUGUGAAGGAAGUGGAAAAAAUGAAGAACAAGCGAGAAGAGAAGAAGGCCCAGAACUCUGAAAUGAGAAUGAAGCGAGCUCAGGAGUAUGACAGUAGUUUUCCAAACUGCGAAUUUGCCCGAAUGAUUAAAGAAUUUCGGGCUACUUUGGAAUGUCAUCCACUUACUAUGACUGAUCCUAUUGAAGAGCACAGAAUAUGUGUCUGUGUUAGGAAACGCCCACUGAAUAAGCAAGAAUUGGCCAAGAAAGAAAUUGAUGUGAUUUCCAUUCCUAGCAAGUGUCUCCUCUUGGUACAUGAACCCAAGUUGAAAGUGGACUUAACAAAGUAUCUGGAGAACCAAGCAUUCUGCUUUGACUUUGCAUUUGAUGAAACAGCUUCUAAUGAAGUUGUCUACAGGUUCACAGCAAGGCCACUGGUACAGACAAUCUUUGAAGGUGGAAAAGCAACUUGUUUUGCAUAUGGCCAGACAGGAAGUGGCAAGACACAUACUAUGGGCGGAGACCUCUCCGGGAAAGCCCAGAAUGCAUCCAAAGGGAUCUACGCCAUGGCCUCCCGGGACGUCUUCCUCCUGAAGAAUCAACCCUGCUACCGGAAAUUGGGCCUGGAAGUCUAUGUGACAUUCUUCGAGAUCUACAAUGGGAAGCUGUUUGACCUGCUCAACAAGAAGGCCAAGCUGCGCGUGCUGGAGGAUGGCAAGCAACAGGUGCAAGUGGUGGGGCUGCAGGAGCAUCUGGUUAACUCUGCUGAUGAUGUCAUCAAGAUGAUCGACAUGGGCAGCGCCUGCAGAACCUCUGGGCAGACAUUUGCCAACUCCAAUUCCUCCCGCUCCCACGCCUGCUUCCAAAUUCUUCUUCGAGCUAAAGGGAGAAUGCAUGGCAAGUUCUCUUUGGUAGAUCUGGCAGGGAAUGAGCGAGGCGCGGACACUUCCAGUGCUGACCGGCAGACCCGCAUGGAGGGUGCAGAAAUCAACAAGAGUCUCUUAGCCCUGAAGGAAUGCAUCAGGGCCCUGGGACAGAACAAGGCUCACACCCCGUUCCGUGAGAGCAAGCUGACACAGGUGCUGAGGGACUCCUUCAUCGGGGAGAACUCUAGGACUUGCAUGAUUGCCACGAUCUCACCAGGCAUAAGCUCCUGUGAAUAUACUUUAAACACACUGAGAUAUGCAGACAGGGUCAAGGAGCUGAGCCCCCACAGUGGGCCCAGUGGAGAGCAGUUGAUUCAAAUGGAAACAGAAGAGAUGGAAGCCUGCUCUAACGGGGCGCUGAUUCCACGCAAUUUAUCCAAGGAAGAGGAGGAACUGUCUUCCCAGAUGUCCAGCUUUAACGAAGCCAUGACUCAGAUCAGGGAGCUGGAGGAGAGGGCUGUGGAAGAGCUCAAGGAGAUCAUACAGCAAGGACCAGAUUGGCUUGAGCUCUCUGAGAUGACCGAGCAGCCGGACUAUGACCUGGAGACCUUUGUGAACAAAGCGGAAUCUGCUCUGGCCCAGCAAGCCAAGCAUUUCUCAGCCCUGCGAGAUGUUAUCAAGGCCUUGCGCCUGGCCAUGCAGCUGGAAGAGCAGGCUAGCAGACAAAUAAGCAACAAGAAACGGCCCCAGUGACGACUGCAAAUAAAGAUCUGUUUGGUUUGACACCCAGCCUCUUCCCUGGCCCUCCCCAGAGAACCUUGGGCACCUGGCGGGUCUAGGCAGGGUCUGAGCUGGGGCAGGUUCUGGUAAAUGCCAAGUAUGAGGGCAUCUGGGGAGGGGGUCAGAGUGACAUGGGACACUCCUUUUCUAUUCCUCAGUUGUCGCCCUCGUGGGAGGAAGGAGCUCUUAGUUACCCUUUUGUGUUGCCCUUCUUUCCAUCAAGGGGAAUGUUCUCAGCAUAGAGCUUUCUCUGCAGCAUCCUGCCUGUGUGGACUGGCUGCUAAUGGAGAGCUCCCUGGGGUUGUCCUGGCUCUGGGGAGAGAGACGGAGCCUUUAGUACAGCUAUCUACUGGCUCUAAACCUUCUACGCCUUUGGGCCGAGCACUGAAUGUCUUGUACUUUAAAAGAAUGUUUCUGAGACCUCUUUCUACCUUACUGUCUUCCUAGAGAUCCAAGAGGAUCCCUACUGUUUUCUGUUUUAUGUGUUUAUACAUUGUAUGUAACAAUAAAGAGAAACAAUAAGUCA